CAUUUUCCAUCCUGUCAGUCUUGUUUCCUUCUCGCGCGCGAACGGUUCAACUUGGGGACCGUCACAUUCGCAAUUUCUCGAUUCUAUCAUUUGUUGUUUUUCAGUUCUACUUGAUUUGAGUCAAUAGUGAGUUUUGUUGAUGGUUUUGGAGUUCUCCGGUUGGUGCGGCGAGGAUUUGCAACAGAAAUCAUGAGAUUUCCCGCCGUUGGGAGCCGGACAAUUCAAUUUCUUAUGCCGGUGCUGAUUGGCUCCUGCUUUAACAUGGCCUCCAGCGGUCAACCCGCGUCGGGUCAAAGAGUCGGUCCAUCUCUCAUUCUUGAUGGCAUCAAUAAUGUCGCUAAUAGUGCUACUAAUUUCUUAACUGGAGUUGUCCAACGGCAGAAGGAAAUACUGCAUCACGUUGCAGACUCUGCUACGGAUUAUGUCGUGAAUGCAGUGGAGAAGCCACGCAACCUCCUAAUGAAUACAGCUCUGAUGACCAGUAAUUACAUCGACAGUGCCGCGUCAAUUGGACUUGAUUUUAAACUUAGGAGAUUACUAGAGAAGUUUCGCACACGUAUGACACAUGGAUUUCCAGAGCUUGGAAUACCGAUACUCGAGCCAGUACGACUUGACGGAGUUUACUACGAGACACACAAUCCAGAGAUUGGCGAAUUGAAAAUACUUUUGGAUAAUAUGACGAUUUCUGGCAUAACGUCGUUCGCGGUUGAUCGAGCGAGACUGUCGCUGAUCGGACCGUCCAUUGCGAUGAACCUGACCUUUCCAAAAUUAUACAUGGAGGGAGAUUACAAACUUGCUGGGGUUCUUGGCGAUAUGUUCACCAUUCACGGGGCAGGUCCCGUCACAGCGACCGUCAGCGAUUUGAGGGUCUACUUUGCUACGGUACUUGGGUACUCACGGGGGAUGUAUCUGAAGAGUUUCGAUAUGGACUUCAACAUAGGACACAUUGAGAUGUACCUCGGGAAUUUGAUGGGCGAUGAAAAACUGGGGAGGGUUAUGAAUGAAGUGAUCCAGGACGUUCUCCCUCAAGCCCUAGAGAUAAUGAAACCGGACAUAGUGCCGCGCAUUCAGGACUUCAUCGCCAGCAAAGUGAACGACACAAUUUAUCACUUAACAAUGAGGGACGUAUUGAGUUUUCUCGUCGGUGAGAAUGAAGUCCGGAAGUAUCCGCAUCUCCUGCAUCCCUGAUAGAAUAAAAAAAAACGAAUGUGAUUAAUUUAUUUCAACAGGUUUAUCGUUGUUUCCCUUGACAUCGUGACUUAUCCUCCCGAUCUUAAUCGAUCUUACCUUAUCAUCGACGGAAGGAAAAAUUCAUUAUUUACGAAACCUCCCUAUCAUCGUCUCAAGGGAGUGAUGUUGAACGUCUCACUGACACGCGCACCCGUAAUUCGUUAGAGUGGUUUCGUCAAUGAUCCUGAACAAUGAAAAAAAGUACACAGAAACAAAAAAAAAAACGUAAAUGAAUUGGCUGGAAUUUAUUUCUCGUGCGUAUGUUCGAUUCAAUUUAGGAAAUUGAGGGGAGAAGUAUAUCUUGUCAAAAUUGUUUGAAAGUUUUCGCCCAAGUGGAGAAAAAAUGAGGAGGAAUGUCAUAAUGAUAAAAUCGAUAAACUAUCCUGAAAUAUAAGUAAAUUAGGUAAUGAAACAAGUUUUCAAUAAAAAUGUUAUUAUUUUUUAAUUGUU